AUGUCUUUUACUAGAUCUUUAAUACCUGAAUUUGGUUCAAGGUUUAUUCCAAUAUCUUCAUCUUCACUGGUAUAUAAAAUAUGUUCGAAUAAUACUGAAAAUUUGAAUCUUAAAUCACCAAUUAAUAUUUCAUUAAGGGAAGAUUUAUUAUUCAAUCAUUCAAGCGACGAGAGUUCCAGUUCUGUUUGGCAACAUAUAAAUUCAUCAGAUUCAAGUUAUUUAAGUUUAAAAAGUCCAGAUUAUGAUUUACAUCAAGAAAUUGUUGCUGAAGCAUUAGAUUUUAAACAUGGUUCAAAAGUUCUAAAGUUUACUAACAAUACCAAAAAUGAUAUUACAGAUAAUUUAAAGAAAUUAAAAUCACCUAAAAUUUCUAUCAAUAAUGUUAAGAAUAUAAUGGCUAGUGAUAUUUUACAAGCACCAGGUUUAAGAAAUGAUUAUUAUUCAAAUUUAGUAAGUUGGUCACAAAAAACAAAUAGAGUAGCAGUUGGUUUAAGUAAUAAGAUUUAUCUUUGGGGUGUAGAUAAUAAUGUAUUACAAGUUGAUUAUAAUACUGAAGAUUUAAUUACUGCAAUUUCAUGUUCUAAAGAAUUUUGGAUAUUAGUAUCAACUUCAAAUGGCAAAAUUUUAUUAAUUGAUCAAGAAAAUGGUAAUAACACAGAUUCUGAAUUUUUAUUACCUAACGGUAAAUGUAUAUUCUGUUUUGUAUGGUUUAAUGAUUCAAAUUAUUUUAUAGCUGGUGACGAUGUUGGUGAAGUUUAUAUAUUCAAAAUUCACAAAUUAUUCACAACUGAAAUUGUUUUGAUUAAAAGUUUUAAAUGUCAUCAGCAACAAAUUUGCGGUAAAUAUUUACCUUUUUAUAGUGUAUAGUUUAUUUACUUACUAACAUUUUUAGGAUUUGCUUUAAAUUCAAAUAAUGAUGAAGUUGCCAUAGGUGCAAAUGAUAAUUGUUGUACAAUUUGGAAUAUUAAAGAUUUAAAAAAUCCCAAGCUAAAAUUUGUCCUACCUCAUAAUGCAGCAAUCAAGGCAUUAAAUUAUUGUCCAUGGACUAAUUCUUUAUUAGCUACUGGUGGAGGUAGUAAAGAUCGAAAAAUUAGAUUUUGGCAUACGGCAAGUGGUACAUUAAUUAAUGAAUUUUAUACAGAUGGACAAAUUACAAGUUUAAUUUGGUCAAAAUAUAAAAAAGAAAUUGUGGCAACUUUUGGAUUUGGUGGUACUGCUUUAAAAUCUCAAUUAAUUAAAGUUUAUUCAUAUCCUGAUAUGAUUACAACUAUUGAAGUUAAUGCAAAUUGUAAUUUAAGAAUUUUAUCUGCAACUUCAAGUCCAGAUUAUUGUUCGAUUUGUGUAGCUACAAAUGAUUCAACAAUUCGUAUAUAUGAAAUUUGGGAGAAAACUAUUGAAAUUUCACCAAAUUCAAUAUCUAAAAUUUCUGGUUGUUAUGGAAGUGAAAUAAUCGAAUUAGUUGAAGGAAUUGCGAAAAAGAGUGAUGUAAUAAGAUGA